AUAAGAUAUUUCGUCCCGGUGGUUGGAGUAAAAUACUUGCAGGAAACAGCACCCGAAUGAAAUAUCCACACGAGGCCUCCCUCGCUUCCCAUCCCUCCUCCCUCGUCCAACGCCGACGAGUCACGCCUCCUCCCAAGUCCACAACUGCUCUCCUCCCAAUCUCUUCUUCUUCCGCCCCAAGUCGCCUCACCGGGGAUGGAGAUCGACGCGGCGGUCCGGGCGAGCAGCGACGCCCGGCUGCGCACCAAGUACGACAACGCCGUCUACGUCGUCCAGCGAGCCUUCGCGCUCUACCCGUUUGGGGAGAUUGCCUUCAGCUUUAAUGGCGGGAAGGAUUCAACCGUACUCUUGCAUUUAAUACGGGCAGGAUACUAUCUUCACAAAACAAGUUGUGGGGACGAAGCUCAAAUCAAUACUGUUCAAAACUGUCCGCUGCGUACCAUCUAUUUCGAGACCCCUUGUGCUUUCCCUGAAAUCAACUCAUUCACUUAUGAAACAGUCUCAACUUAUGGUUUGCCACUGGAAACUAUCCGGUCAGAUUUCAAAUCUGGUCUAGAAGGCCUAUUGAAAGAGAAGUCAACUAAAGCCAUUUUCAUUGGCACUAGAAUCGGAGAUCCAAAUGCGGUCGGUCAAGAACAAUUCUCUCCUAGUUCGCCUGGCUGGCCUCCUUUUAUGAGGGUGAAUCCUAUCUUGGAUUGGUCAUACAGGGAUGUUUGGUCUUUCCUCUUAACCUGUAAGGUCAAAUACUGCAGCCUUUAUGAUGAGGGGUAUACAUCCAUUGGGAGCAUAUAUGAUACUGUUCCAAAUGCACUUCUUAGUGAUUCAUCUACUGGGAACAGCUUUAGACCGGCAUACAUGUUAUCAGAUGGAAGACUUGAAAGAGCUGGGAGAGCGAAGAAGACUAGCAACAAAACGGAAACUAAUUCUGUUGCAAGCAAUGGCAUGAACAAUGCUGAGGGAGAGCAAAUGAUCUCACGUUCGGCUUCAGUUAUUGUAGUUGGUGAUGAAAUAUUGUUUGGCACAGUUGAGGAUAAAUUUGGCGCAGCCUUGUGCAAGAAGCUUCAUGAAAUUGGCUGGCGAGUUUCUCAAGUCACGGUUGUUCACAAUGAAAUUGAUUCUGUUGCCGAGGAAGUCGAACAAUGUAAAUCUACUGAUGACGUGGUAUUUAUUUUUGGGGGACUUGGGCCUCUACAUUCAGAUGUUUCAUUGGCUGGUGUUGCAAAAGCAUUUGGAGUUCGCCUGGCUCCUGAUGAAGAGUUUGAGGAGCAUCUUAGUCAACUCAUAGGAAACAGUUACAUUGGUGAUCGAAAUGAGAUGGCUUUGUUGCCAGAAGGUAUUACCGAAUUAUUACAUCACAAGAUGCUCCCGUUGCCACUGAUCAAAUGCAAGAAUGUGAUCAUUCUUUCUGCAACUAAUGUGGAUGAACUGGACAUGGAGUGGAAUUGUCUUCUGGAUACCCAAGAGAGUGGUUUACUGAGGACGAAACCUUUUGUAUCAAAACAUCUCAGCACUUUACUCCCAGAUGUCAAAAUUGCUCCGGUGGUUGCAAAGCUAUGCUUGGAGUUUUCUGAUGUGUACAUAGGUUCUCAUCGGAUUUCGAGAAAGGGGCCGUUGGUUGUGAGUCUUAUUGGAAAGGAUUAUCAAAGGGUAGAAGGGGCUGCGGCGAAGCUGUCAGGCAGCUUUGAAGGACUAUUUUCCCAAGUUGACAGCUCCAAAUAGGCUGUCAAAGUCCACACACCUCAUACUUCUCCCACAUUCUUUCUGCUCGAAGUUCUGAAAUUGUGCAGAUCUAACUGUGCAUUGUGGUGCUCAGAUGCCCUAAACCACCCGCUACCACUCUGAAGCCCCAGAAAUUAUUUAGGAAACAUACACAUUUUGUAUUACUAUCCAUUUAGAAAUGAAUUGACAAGUGCAGAUGCUGAGGGCUUCGGCUAGUAACAACUUAACGACGGUAGCUUUGCAUGGGGCUAUUUUGACUGGGCUAAGAAACUCUGUUAUUUGCGGAAAAUUAAUUGAAGUUGAUUAUAGCACAGCUUCCCUUUCUUA